AUGGACUUACUGAGGUCGUGUAGUUGCCGGCGUGCUCUCCCACAGACUCAUAAGACGCGACUGCAGCUAUUCACACCCUCUUUGUCCGCACGCAAACCUCCGCUCAGGCAAGCUUCAACCAGUGCGAACCCGUACCCGUUCCCUCGCACUGCGCAUCCGACCCCUCACCAGAUCUUCCAUCUACCAAGGAGUGCAACUCAGGCGGACGUGAAGGCACGAUACUAUGACCUUGUCCGAAUCUACCAUCCUGACUCCCCCGCUGCUCGCGCUGGAGGUAUUUCCCCGGAGACCGCUCACGCACGCUUUCAAGCAAUAUCUUCCGCAUACGCAAUCCUUACUGGGAAGAAAUCGGGCUCCUUGACUGAAGGCGGGGAAACAGGAGAUGGCUUAGGCGGAAAGGCGCGUGCGAGCUACCACGAUUUGAGUACCGCUAUGUGGCGUGAAAGGCAAAGGCGAAAGGCAGAUCUGGAUGUUGGCUUUGACGAUAGGUGGAAGGACCGGCUCAUGUUGGGCGCAGUGCUCUUGGUGCGUUCGCUACGUAAAUGCAUGAUCAAGUGUCGAGCACUCACAGCUCGCACCAAGACCAUCGGGAUGUUCGUCUAUCAAACAUACGCCACAAGAGCGAAGGCGCUGUCCGAAUCUCGGCAUACAAGACGGUCGAGCACUCGCGCUGGCUCAGCCUCGUCCACUGAGCCCGCACAGGAUCCGAAUGAGCUCCAGUUGGUAUGGAAGCCUCCAUCGGAGGCGUCCGAUUAA